CCCCGAGCUCCAGGCGGGACUUCCUUUCUCUUGGCGGAUGCGAUAUUAGGGUGAGCAGGCAGAAAGGGCUUGGUCGGGGUGUCACCGGUCUAUCUGUGCGCCUCUGGACAAGCAGAUAACCUGGCUGACGACGCUGCCGCUGCCGAAGCCCCGUAGAUGAACGUCCUCCUCGGCUAUGCUGCCCUGAGAGCGCCGCGAGUACCCGCCCCGCCAAAAUGUCUGAUGUCAACAAGACUAUUCAGAAAUGGCACGCCAGUUUUAAGAAAGGCACAGACUUUGACUCGUGGGGACAAUUAGUGGAGGCUAUAGAUGAGUACCAAAUUCUGGCAAGACAACUGCAGAAGGAGGUCCAGUCAACCAAUUCGUCAGACUUCACAGAGGAGCAGAAGAAAACUUUAGGGAAGGUUGCAACAUGCCUGGAAAUGAGAAGUGCCAGUUUGCAGUGCACACAGUCAAAGGAGGAGUUCAAGUUAGAAGAUCUGAAGAAACUGGAAACCAUAAUUAAAAAUAUACUGACCUAUAACAAAGAGUUUCCUUUUGAUGUCCAGCCGGUGCCAUUAAGGAAAAUCCUUGCUCCAGGUGAGGAGGAGAACCUGGAGCUGGAGGAGGAGGAUGCAGCGGCAGGAGCAGGUUCAACAGAGGCCUUCCCCCCGCGCGCCCCCGCUUCGCAAGGUACCUUGUUGCCACGGUUACCUUCAGAGCCAGGGAUGACACUACUCACAAUAAAGAUUGAAAAAAUUGGCUUGAAGGAUGCUGGGCAGUGCAUCGAUCCCUACAUGACCAUUAGUGUCAAAGAUUUAAACGGUGUAGAUUUGAACCCAGUGCAGGACACCCCUGUGGCCACCAGGAAGGAGGACACCUACAUUCAUUUCAGUGUGGAUGUAGAGAUCCAGAGACAUGUGGAGAAAUUACCAAAAGGAGCAGCUAUCUUCUUUGAAUUCAAGCACUACAAACCUAAAAAGAGAUUUACCAGCACAAAAUGUUUUGCCUUUAUGGAAAUGGACGAGAUCAAACCAGGACCCAUCGUAAUUGAACUGUACAAGAAACCCACAGACUUCAAGAGGAAGAAACUGCAGCUUCUAACAAAGAAACCACUUUAUCUCCAUCUCCAUCAGACAUUACACAAGGACAGUUAAGUGGGAGCCUGCCUUGAACUUUUGCACCUCCUCUUUUAAUCUCUCUCUUACAUCCACAUCCAGCAAAAUGUGGUAUUCCACCUCAUCACAUCCAGCAAUACUAAAUCAAGAAAUUUGUUUUUCUAGAGUAUAUGAAGAAAGUAAAGGGAACUGAGCCAAACAUUAGUCACACUGAGCUCAGACUGCCACAUUAGUUUUUAUAUUCUUUGAUUCUGUUGUCAAAUGCAUAUCCCUUCUGUUGCAGGAAACCCUUCUCCAAAAAUAAUGGCAUUCUGGCUGGAGAUCCAGGGUUUUCAUAUUAGAGCAGUGGUAUGCUGAAAGACUUAAACCACCUCAUCUCUAGUCUUCCUUAGCUCACUGAUUUUUGGAAAUGGGGGACACGACAUGAGUCACCGCAGGUGCUUCAUUUAAGACUUUGUAGAGUUGUUGGAUGUUGAACCGUUGGACUGAAGUUAAAUUCAGCAAAACAUUAAAAGCAACAAUAGCUUUAACAAUGUGGACUUGUUGGGGAAGUCGAGGCAGAGUUUGUGAAGCCACUCCCCGAAUAAAUGACGUGCACAGUGACAGUUUGUUUGCUUCAUCAAAACACCAAAAGUGCAUUCUUGAAUUCUAUAAUAGUCCAGGAUGGUUUAUGGAGUCUCAAGUAGUGCCAAAAUUAUGAUCAAAUAACAAAUCAAAAACACUUUUACGAACUCGUUAUUUAAGUCAGCAUUUAAAUUAUGCAUUAUAUAAAAAAGAUUAAAUUCAUCAGUUACAUUUUAUAUACUCUCACUUAAAUGAUUAAUCAUUGAAAUGUAAAGUGAAAUCACAAAACUAAUUUCUAAAAAGGUUAUAAAGUGAUACUUUCUUAUUCCUAUUACUAAUUUGUCUGCGAUCACGUUCCAUCUCUCAUAAAUGUAUCUUUAAUUUAAAGCAGCAGGCACCCUAGUUAUGUGGAUUGCAGUUGUCUUUAAAAUAAAGCUAUCACAAAAAUAAAAGUUAACUAAAGUUGAACACCAAUAAAACGUCUAUUAAUGGCAUGCUCCAGACUCCACAAUGGUUUACUGUUUUGUUGCAGAUGGUCUUGGAUUGAGCAGUGGCAUUCAUAAUGUUAAAUGGUGCAAUUAUAUGUUAAAUAAUGAUAAGGGGUCUUUGACCAGAAGCCUUUACACUCUGCUCUUGAAGUUGGCCAUAUUUGGGUAAUAAUUUUUGAAAAUUGUGUUGAUCUUUGUCAAAAGUUUUGCAAAAUUUGAUUUAAAUGUCAGAUUUUACUAUUUUUUUCAAUGCAGAUUUAAUGAAAUUAUGACCCAGUAGCAAUGAAAUCCAGAUAAUUCUGACAGUCAGUGUUCAUGCUUCAGUAUGUAUUGAAUUUAUUACAUUUGAAUACUGUUGCAUAAAGUUUUAUAAAUACAUUAAGAGUAAAAUGGAUGAAGCAUGGUUUGCAUGCUGUGGAUAUGUAUUCUGUAUACAGUGUGAGCUUUUAGUUAAGGCUCAGAUGUUUAACACCAUUGUUUUUUAAGCAAGCAGAAAUGGAUUACAGAUGUGUAUCACCUGCCAGGAAGUGGUUUUUAAUCUAGUGUUACUUUCCAGAUCAAAUGUUUUAUGUAUACAGCUAUAUUUGAAUGAAAUUGUUACAUUGGACUACGUUUGGAGGAUGCAUCCACAUUGUUGGUCAAAGAACAGAUUUGUGCUGUUGAACUGACAUUUGAAGGAUUGUCUUUCUCUUCAAUUGUUACCCAGAUAGGUCCACUACUUUUAUUUUGAAAUUUCAUGUCACCCUGUUAUAAAGGGCUUUUUUAAAAAUGAAGUUGCAUGAAACUUUAUGUUUGCAUUCUGACUCUGCAGAUGUUCUUCUUCACUAAAACAUCUACAUUGUAAUAUUUGAUUUUAGAUUUUAUUUUUGUAAUGUCUCAAUAUUCAGGACUGUAAAUUAACUGUAAGAUACACUAACUGAUGAAUAUACAGUUAACUGUGUGUGUGUAUGAAGUGCUACGGUGUGGUAGGACUGAGAUCGGUUGAAUGUUUUAGUUUUGUUGACAGAUUGAGGGAAAUUGUAUCAAACAUUUACAAUGCUUUUAAUUUCUAAUAAACUACAAAUGAGGCAGUUUGGUGGAGGAGUUCAUCCAGAA